AUGGAGGAGGAGGCGGCGGAGCCGCCGGGCGCUUGGCUCAGCGGGGACAGCGGCAACGUCUCGCAGAGCCCCAGCAGCGCGUCGGGCAUCGGGGAGGAGGGCGACCCGCCGGAGCUGCUGCUCAGCCGCGCCGCCGCCGCCGCCUACUCCGCCUACCUGCUCCCGGCCGGGGUCGAUUUCUGCGCGCAGAUAGAAAGUUUAGACAAGAGUCUAGAAGAUUUGCUGACCAGGGUUGAUGAAUUUGUAGGGAUGUUAGACAUGAUUCGAAGCGAGUCCUCUCAAGUAGUCAAUGAAAGUGUACCUCAGAUUCACACAAAAGCUACAGAAAUGAGACAGAUAUAUAGAAAGAUUGACAAACUAGAGGCCUUCGUAAAAAUGGUUGGAAAUAAUGUGGCUGGACUGGAGGAGCAGGUCACAAAGGCAGAAACAGACCUUGGAACUUUUCCAAAUACCUUUAAAAAAUUCUUACACACUAUCAGUGUACCAUCCUUUCUUAAUAAAUCAUCUUCCUCACGGCAACAUCAGACCCUGUAUGAGCCUCCAGUCCUUUUCAAGACUGAAGACUACUUUCCAUGUCUCAGUGAGCCACCUUAUUCAUGAUUUUGCUUUUGGGUUGACAAGAAUCCAGAAGAGAAAAUGGCAAGUGAACAAAAGCAGUGCUCAGCGUUGCUGCAUUUCUAUGCAUCUCAAUGGCAGAUUGCCAUCCUGACUGUGUGCCACCAUCUGUCUUCAGACAGUAUUAUAAGCAGUCUUCAAUUAUUUGUGUAUAAUAUAUGAUUACAGAAGUCUUCCUAAAACAAAGCUAUAAACUUUCAGGUUAAGAGAAAGAGAAAUUGGUAAGGGCACUCCUGCAAUUGAUUUUUCAUCUUUAAAUACACUCUAGUAGGAAAAUGGAUAAAUAGGAAAUGUCCUUUUUUUUGUAUUGUAAAACUUUAAUUUCUGUGCUGCUACCAGUAUUAACAUCUAUACCACAAUGUUUCUAUUUUUUUAAGUAGCCCUAUGGUAACUGAGAUGAGAGAAGGACAAAGCUCUCUACAUUAAUGUCCCCAAGGAAUGGCUCCAACAUCUGAGAGCAUGUAAUAAAAAUACAUAGGAGUAAGAUCUCCACAGUUCUAUGAACUGCUAUCUCCACCAAACUCUGAAGCGUGAGAACAGGAAUGUGAUGACUGCUGUAGAAUUUCAAGGGUAAAAGUCUAAUCUUGGAAGUUCUGUUUGAUAUAUGUAUACAACCUUGACUUUUGUAAAUGAUGCCAAAAUUAUAUCUGUAUGAUUACCAAAGCUCUUGUAAUUAAAAUGAUGUAAUUAAAGUUGAAGUAGUU